GUGUUUUUUAAAAUUACUGUCAUUAUUGCAACCACAAAGUCAUACGACAUCAGGCAAGCAUGGGACCACCCUUUUCCCUGAUCCUCCCCAUAUAAACCAUCCUGGCAUGAAAGGGUCAACAGAAGGAGGAAAGAUUCAGAAGGAGAGAAACGGGAUUAGAAAACACUUGACAAGCCACUGAGGAAUUCUGAGUGAAGGCAAGUACAAAAAGCUUCUCCAGCCAGAGGGCCAGACAACAAUUCUAUCCUCCUCUACAGAGGAAGGCAGACACAGACUUCAGCCAUCAGAUGCUCAUCCAAAAGGCAAGAGAAAAAUCCUUUUGUCCACUAAGGCAACAUGGGGCUUUGGGGAAUGGCCGUCAUCAUCUUCCUCCUCCCACACAUGGCACAGAUGACAGAAAUUUCUCCUGGGUUCAAAAUCCGCAUCACAUCAAGAGGACUGGAGUUGUUGAAACACGAGACACAGAAGUUUGUGGAGCAAGAGCUAGGAGGUAUCACCAUGCCAGAGAUGCACGGCAAGAAGGGGAAUCUCCAGUAUUCCAUUAAAGAUAUUAAGAUAACAGAGCUGAACCUGACUGCAGAUAUGAGUUUCCAGCCUGUAGAUGGACUGCUGUUUGAUGUGCAGAACUCAUCUAUUACCCUCAACUUCCAGAGACGUGUGAUCUAUUGGUUGUUAGAGGAUGAAGGUGCCAUCAAUGCUUCCGCAGAAGGCGUAUACAUCAACACCACCCUCCACCUUGCCAAGGAUGACGAGGGCCGUCUCAAGAUUGGCAAUGUCAGCUGUGAGGCUUCCAUUGCCAAGAUGAGGGCCAAGUUUGGAGGGACUUUUGGGAGGGUUUAUGACUUUGUUGCCACUUUCCUGACCACAGGAAUGCGCUUCAUAUUGAAUCGGCAGAUUUGCCCUGCUCUGAAUCAUGCUGGUCUAGUGCUGAUCAACCAACUGCUGGAGACAAUUCCAGUGCGUACAGAAGUGGAUAAUUACAUUGGCAUUGAUUACUCGCUCUUGAGUGAUCCAGUGGUUACUGGCACCAGUCUUGAUAUGGAUUUCAGGGGGAUGUUCCAUAACCUGCAGAAUGAGAGUGACAUUCUUGAGAAUUUUUCUGUGAAUCCAGUGUUGAACAAGUACAACCGCAUGAUCUACAUGGCUAUCUCUGAGUACUUCUUUGACAGUGGCCUCUACUCAUAUUUCAGAGGAGGGGUGUUCAGGAUGCACGUAGUCAAUGAACGAAUGCCAAAAGACUUGGAGAUGCUUCUCAGGACCACCUACUUUGGAGCAAUCAUGCUAUUGAACCCUGCUCUGAUGGAUGCCCCAAUCUCACUGGAGUUGGAGGUAACAUCAGCUCCUAAGUCUAGCAUCAAGACAUCAGGGGCAAUGGUAGCUGUACAUGCUGGUGUCAGAGUGCUGGUCCUACCUCCAGGAAAGUCGCCUGUCCAGCUCAGCAGUAUGACCAUGGAGUCCAAAUUCAAUGCCAAGGUGUACACAAAGGAGAAGAGACUGGCUAUACUGCUGGACCUGAGAAGGUUUAAAAUCUUUUCUAACCAGUCUGCUUUGGAGUCAUUAGCGCUGAUUCCACUGCAAGCACCACUGAAGGCUCUGUUCCAAGUGACUAUCGUGCCCCUUUUAAACAAUUACACUAAGAAAGGUGUACAGAUCCCUCUGCCAGACGGAAUCGAUCUCAUCGAGGAUGUGGUUGAGUAUCACGAUGGCUACAUCACUAUUGGAGCCAAUCUCCAUUUCCGGAGUGGUCUGAAGGAGCUGAUUGAGAAGAGGACGUCUUAAGAGCCUGACAAAUAUUUAACACUUUAUUAUUUUUCUUCACUACUGCUUACAAUUUUUAAAAUUUACUGUCAGAUGUACUUUUAAUACGUCCUUACUACAUAGUCAACACCACCCAAAUAUUUUACGGUCUGUGCCACAAGUGAACAUAGAUAAUACCCUUACAUACCUUGUGUCCUUGGAUGUAGCAACAUUUGAUGUGUAUUUUGUUUUUAGAAUAUAAUUAAUCACUACUGUAUACCUCUACUUCACACUGGUUAAAACAUAAGUAUUACAUUAGUAUUUUGGUAGACUUUGUAAUUGGAAGACUUGUACUAGAGCUGCUGGUGCUAAAAACUGAGGUUUAAAUGUUUUGCCCAAAAUACAUCAAACAAGAAAAUGAGGCAAGUGUUUCUCUAUAAUUUUAAUCAAUGUAUUAAAGAAAGAGUAAAAAAAAAAAAAAAAAAAAAAAAAAAAAAAAAAAGAAAUGGGUAAAACAUUGACACGUACCAGUUCUGCAUUAUAAACCUGUAAUGAUUCCAUGCCCCUACAAUACUUGCUAAUUUAUUGUAAGUCUGGUGAACAUCUUAAACUUUAAUACAGAAGAGACUCCAGGGUGGGUUGGACACGAACCUAGAUGACACUACGACCCUACUCUAGAACCAAUCAACUUUUUAGUUGAAUUAAUUACAAAAGUUUUUCUGACUACUGGAGACUGAAAUUAUUAGACAAAAGAUUAAAUCAUUUCAGAAAAUUC